AUGGACGAAUCUCACCAAAAUCUCGGCGAUGAGACCGGCAGCAACAACAUUCCCACCGCCACGAAUAGUAAUGGCGGGGAUGCCAUGCAUCCAGUGAUGGACAGUUUGCAGCAACCGCCGCACCAACUGUCAGCUCAACGCAACGCAAGCAACGGUCUUGCAAAUGAUGCCAGAUUAGAGUUUAUAUGCAGUUAUACGUUAACCACUUUGCGUCUUAAGCAAGACAAAUGGCUCAAGAUGUUGGCCACACCGGAAUACCAGCUCGUUUUGUCGGAUUGGUUGAACAAUACGCAAAGGCGUAUUUUGGUUAUGACACUCAAUCCGGCUGGACUACUAAUUCCGAAAAGCUCCAUCAGUGAUUUGUAUCAAAACUAUGCUGCCGUGGUGCAAGUGGCAAAAAACCCCAUUACGCACACCACCACCCUAACGAGUGAGGAGGUGCCUGCAGCUACAUUGGCAGCAAGUGUAGCCAUGACACCAUUGGCAGCCGCCACUGUAAUGAUGGCACCUCUGCCACCACCCUCGAGUAGUUUUUCCACUCUGGAUGGGGUACCGCGUGGCAAGUGUGCUUAUUUUCUGCGUCAUGAAUUGCAACAGGAGGAUAACAGCAAAAUCGCAAGCGGCAGCAGCUGCAGCAGCAGCAGAAGUAGCGGCACUAAGCACAUCAUCUGUGGCGAUUUUCCAGUGCACAGUAAAAUCGAUACGCUGCUCAUCCUGUUCGAUGAAAUCCUUCAACCGCUGUUGAUGAAUCCACACAAUCGCAGAUUAUGGCCCGAUAUGGUGGGCAAGGAUUUGAACAAUCGCAUGAAGGAUGUGCGCAAUACGCUAACAGAGAUUAAAGGAAAGACCAACAAUCGGACAAUUUUAUCGUUAUUAGUUUCGCCAACUGCCAUUGAAGAAAUUGCCAUUCGUAUUAAACAACAGGGAAACAUCGAAUCAGCUUUAUGCGAAAAAUUUCGAGGUCUACUCGAGGAAAUGGUCAUCAAUUGGUCUAGCCAAGUACAUGAUAUAAUCAAUGAGAAAUCCGAAUGUACACCCUGCAAUACACGCAGCAAAGGUGGCAGCCCUCGUCUAGUAGCCGUUAGUAUGCCAGCACAGGAAGUCAAUUUUUGGAUAAAUCGUCAGCACAAUUUUGAAAAUCUUUACAAGCAAUUGAGCUGUAAUACCCAUGAAUCGGUGGGCUAUAUUUUGGAGGAGAUUGAUUCCCCCUAUUACAAGCCAUUUACGAAAAUGCUUAAAAAUGUCGUAUGCGCUUGGCAUGAAGCUCAAGAGGUUUCACUAUGGCUACAUCCUUUGCUAAGGCAAACUUCAGCCUUUAAUGCUGUAAGUUUUGCCAAUGCCCAGGAAUUGAUUUUGCCUUUGGUACAUGUGAUCCACCUGCUGUGGUCCAAUGCUCGACACUAUCGUACAACCGCUAGAAUGACAGUGAUGCUGCGUUGUAUUUGCAAUCUGAUGAUUAGAAGGGCUAGUGAAGAUCUGGAAUUGGCCACCUUGUUUCAAAGUGAUGCCGAUGAGGGGCUGUUGAAGAUCACCAAGACUGUGGGCAUUUUGGAAAUGUUUAAGUCCAAAUUGUUGGAAUAUAAAAGCAAAUACACCAGCAAUCAACCCAUUUUGUUGCCAGCCUUAUCUGUAGUACCACCCCCAAAUGGAGAAAUGUACUUGGAUUCUCUUUCUAUGGCAUCGAGUGCUGCUGAGGUCCAACAGUUAUGGCGCUUCUCCAACGAGGAUGUUUUUGGACAUGCCUUAGAUGGUUUUCUGGAACAACUGGCUGAAAUUCAAAAAGUCUUUGAGGCGGCAGUUUCUUUUCAAAGUCUGGAGAAAAUGGAAAUCGGUGGUUGUAUAGGCAAACAUUUAACGGAGCGUAUAAGACAGAUUCAUGCCGACUUUAAAAUGCUCUUUGAAGAAUGGACCAAAUUAGACAUCGAUCUAAGUCAUAGCACCACUGCAACAUCAACAACAACAGCAGCUCAGAAAAAAAACCCAAAUUGGCAAAUGUUUCGUCGCGAACAGGCCAUAUUUUUUCAACACAUGGAGGUGUUGGAAAAGAAAUUAGCCACAAUUUUGCUGCAGGCAUUUGGCGACUGCCACAAUUGGGAGCAGCUAACCAAGCUCACAACAAUGUUUGCCAACAUUCUGCAACGCCAAAGCAUUCAAUACGAAUUACGGAUUAUUUUGCCCCACAUCCUUGCCGUCUAUGACGAUGAAUUGCUGCCGAUUGAAGGCAUUGUCGGCAAUGUGCUACUGGCAUUUGAAUAUCGCGGUGUGGCAGCCAUACCGCUGGAACGCAGCAACUUUCCACCCAUGGCUGCAGCAAUAAUGUGGUUGGAGAACUGUAUGCGUAGAUGCGAUGUAUUUGCCGCCAAUGAAUUGAAUGCCUUGAUAAAAGUUUGGCUUGUUGAAGGAAAUCCUUUAAGUCUUCAAUAUGAAAAACUGACUGCACGACGCAAUAUUUUGACAACAAAGCUUAGCAAUUUGCAAUUGAAAGUUUGGCACAAUUGGCAGCAGACUAUCGAGAAACGCAUUGCACAAGGACUCGAUAGCAAAUUGAUGACACUACACCACAAUGCUGGCAGCCUUGAAAUGCAUUUCUCCAUUGAACUCUUCACACUGUUAAGAGAGACCAAAUAUUUGCUGGCCUUGCAAGAGCUCUAUAACAAACGCCAAACGCUAUUGAUGCUGCCACAAACACUUCUCGAUUUGUACGCACAACGCGACAUUUUUUGGCAUCGCAAGAUUAGGCUAAUGCAAAUUGCCGAAUACUACAACAGCAUCCGGGAGCCAGGUGGACUAUUGACAGCUUCCACAGAAAUGCAAUUAAUUCAACCAUCUGUCAGUGUUAUCGAUGAACAUUUGGAUUUGGCAGCCACUUCAUUGACAUGGAGGAACUAUGCUUUGGCAACCGAAAAUGGCAUAGUGAUCAGAGAGAAUACUUCUAAUGACGAAGGCCUGAGCGGUCGUUAUUUUUUCAAUGACUUUGUCGUUAAGGUUGGUGAUGUUUUCAUUUAUUUGAAGAAGUGUGCCUUGUUGUUGUUGCAAUUGCGUAGUUAUCGCUGCCAGUUGUGUUGUUAUUUGCGACAUACUCUUCAUCAUCAUCUGCAUUACCUCACUCUCAGCCACUUGCUGGUUAACAUUGAUGCAUUGUUGUUGCAAAUUUUCGGUGUUGUUUUGAUUUGGAGUACCUGUUGGGGUAUUGAAGUUUGCAUUGUUUUUAAAGCUUUGGAGUAUUUGCUUAACGAAAUGGCAACAACCGCAACAGUGGAAACAUUCAAACCGCCAACGACAACAACAGCUGCCUCCACUCUAGCCCCAAUGGAGGCCAAAGAGAGUUGUAGAGUCAACCAAGCGAGCAGAAGCCUCAAAUCAAUACAAACACCAACUCUAACUAGAGCUGGGACUAAGGCGACAUCAACAACAAAUGCAGCUACCGCCACAAUGGCAAAAGAAACGGCAGCAGCUGCAGCAGGAGGCACAUUAACACCGUUGAAGACAGAAUUAACCGGGUCGAAAGCCACAACAACGGCACAGACACUGCCAACAACAACAACGACCUCUAAACAUUUUCUACCCCACUUACUUAAAGCGAUACAGGGGCGCCACCAAACCAUGGAACAGCAACAUCAACAUCAACAACAGUCCCAACAUUUGCCUCUCAGCCUCGAUGCAAUACCCACAGUGACACACUAUCAACACUGGCAACGCUCUCCCAUGCGUUUAACCCCUUUAACAAAGACCUCAACGCCCGCCCAUCAACAUCCUACAGCCACGAUGGUUGCUGCAAAAUCAUCACCCCUUUUUGAGGUAAAACUGCAAUUGCACCAUGACAGUCGAAUCAACUUUGAGCCCUCGUUCGAAGCCAGUGAGGCAACAAAUUUCCAGCAAAUUGUCGAGCAGCUACUCGAUGACAUCGAGAAAGCAUGCAAAUGCAUGCCACGCGUUUUCCAAGAUGACACACCACCCCCUCGAUCAUCACCUUCACCGCCAACGCUUCAACCACUGACAUGCAGCAAUGAAUAUGCCAGAAUACAUCAGCCGUUAAGGUCCUAUGCAAAGUAUUCCAAUGUACGGCAAGAUACAAUCACAACAACAACAGCUAGAAUAUCUUCAGCUACUACAACAGCCAAAGACAAGGUGAUGAAUGCUACAAAUGUUGCAACAAUAACCCAAACAGAGGAUGGCAACGACAGUUCCAACAAUGACAGCAACAUCUUAAAACAGCUCAAAGCAGCCAUACGGAAUACGGUUAACGCUACGAUGAAUGCGGCCAAAGCGUAUGCUUCGAACUUCGAAUUGUAUGCACAUUUAUGGAGUGAAAAAUACUCGCAAGUCCUCAAUAGACAAUUGCGCGAAACAGCAGCAGAUGAGGAUGAGUACAUCAUGAACCGAGGCUACUAUGUCAUGGAGACAUUCAAGCGUGAGAUUGAACGCUACAUUGAAAUGCAUGAGGAAUUGGAACAAUUUGACGAUUACAAAACCAUUAACCAUUGGCUACUUGUCGAUAUAAGGCCAUUGAAAUAUACUCUGCUGAAUAUGACCUGUAAAUGGUCGCAAUUUUAUAAAAAGGCAUUGUUGAUGUAUGUUGAAAGGACUUUGCAGCGAUUCACUGAUUUUAUCAAACGUAGUUUCCAGCUUCUACAACUCAAUGUGGCUCGCGAUGAUUUUCGUUCACUGCUGAAAGUGCUGGAAGUCAUUGCACGCAUUAAGAAAAAAGAAAAAUAUGCUGACCAUUUGUUUAAGCCUCUAAAGGAGAUUGUCCAGCUAUUGAAAACCUAUCACGUACAUAUCAAUGGACAAUUUGCCCGUUCCAUAGAUCAAUUGCCAGUGCAAUGGCAGCAUUUGAAAACGGUAGCCGCCAGCAAGAUGGAAUCGCUGCAGGACACAAAACGAUAUCAGCAGCAGCGUGUAUCGGCCAUAGCAAUACUUUAUAGUUGUCAUCUGCAGACGUUUGCAAAGCACUUUCAGAAAAUGCCGUUUUUUCAAACACCUUGUCCGCCGGUGUAUUCACUAUGCGAUCAAGUUUGCCUGAAAAUGGAAUGUUUUGAUUGGCAACACAAACGCAUAAGGCAUUGUGCUCGUCUACUUGAUAUUGCCCCACCGGAUGACAGUACACUGCGUAUGUGUGCCACAGAGGUUAAGCGCAUCAAGCAACUUUGGGAUUUUGUUCAUGUCAUUGAGUCCUGCAUCAAUGACUGGCGUGCAUCGCCUUGGCUGCUUAUCGACACCGAUGACAUCGAAAACGAAUGCAAACAGUUCACACGAGAUUUACGCACUCUGGACAAGAGUAUACGAGAGUGGGCUCCUUAUCUCUAUAUUGUGGGUGUUUUGCGGGAGCUGGUGGCCUCCUUGCGUACCAUUACGGAAUUGCAAAAUCCAGCAAUUACCGAACGUCAUUGGCUGGAAUUGAUGCAAGAGACUCAGCUCUCUUUUAAAUUGGACAACACCAGCACUUUGGAUGAACUCAUGAAACUGGAACUACACAAACAUGAUGAGGAAAUCAAAAAUACCGUAGAUCGAGCCAUCAAAGAAAUGAAUGUCACCAAAAUUCUCGAUGACAUUAAGGCCAUUUGGUCGCAAAUAAAUUUCGACAGGGAACAGCAUCAACGACGCCAGGAAAUCAUACUUCUUAAGGUAUCCGAGGGUCUCAUUGAAACACUGGAUGACAAUCAAAUGCAAAUACAGAACAUAGCCACCUCCAAGCAUGUGGACUAUCUCUUGGAUAAACUCAAUCAUUGGCAGAAGAUAUUGAGUGGAGUGGAAGUUUUCAUAAGCAAUUGGUUUGAGGUUCAACGCAAAUGGAUAUAUCUGGAGUGCAUAUUCAUAGGCUCUGCCGAUAUAAGGGCCCAAUUGCCCAAGGAGGCUAGUUACUUUGAGGAGAUCGAUAAGGAGUUUAUAGAACUUCUGGAAAGGGUGCAAAAGGUCACAGUGGCCAUAGAUAUAGUGUUGGAGCAUCGUUAUGUCUUCGAUGCGCUGGAUGAAUUACAAAAACGUCUAUUGGUGUGUGAGAAGGCUUUGAACAACUAUUUGGAGACCAAGCGUUUGGCAUUUCCUCGCUUCUAUUUUAUAUCCUCUGCCGAUUUGCUGGACAUACUCUCCAAUGGCAAUAAUCCCCAAGUCAUAGAUCGUCAUUUUAUUAAACUCUUUGAUUCUAUAUUAAGAUUGCAAUUUGACUCUCGCACAGCGAAUAGAGCUGUGGGCAUGCAUUCCAAGGAAAAUAAUGAGUGUGUGGCCUUUAUUUCCCCCCAGGGUUUACUAUGCUCGGGAAGAGUUGAACUUUGGCUGCAAAUGCUGAUUGGCGAGAUGCGCCAUACCCUAAAAGAACUUUUUCGCAGAGCUCUACAUGUUCAGACAGAAAAGGCCCGCGACAAAUGGCUCAAUGAUUGGCCUGCCCAAGUGGCCCUAUGUUGUAGUCAAAUCAGUUGGACCACCGAUGUCAAUCGUGCCUUUGCCUGGAUGGAAGAAGGCUAUGAGGCUGCCAUGAAGGAUUUACACAAAAGUCAGGUGAUACAAUUGAAUGCUCUGAUUAAUCUGUUGCUGGGAGAACUUUCACCAGGCGACCGCCAAAAGAUUAUGACCAUCUGUACCAUUGAUGUUCAUUCCCGCGAUGUGGUCUCACGCAUUAUACAGGCUAGGGUGGACAGUUGUGUGGCCUUUCAAUGGCAAAGUCAGCUGCGUCAUCGUUGGUCCACUGUGAAGGAUUCCCAGCAGGAAGAUUGCUUUGCAAAUAUCUGCGAUGCUGAGUUUCUCUAUGCCUAUGAAUAUUUGGGUAAUACCUCGAGAUUGGUUAUAACGCCGCUAACAGAUCGCUGCUAUAUCACUUUGACACAGUCGUUGCAUCUUGUUAUGGGUGGAGCCCCUGCUGGGCCGGCUGGUACUGGCAAAACGGAAACCACAAAAGAUUUGGGACGUGCAUUGGGCGUUAUGGUUUAUGUUUUCAAUUGUUCGGAGCAAAUGGACUACAAAUCCUGCGGCAAUAUUUACAAAGGUCUGGCUCAGACAGGAGCAUGGGGUUGCUUUGAUGAGUUCAAUCGCAUAUCGGUGGAGGUGCUCUCUGUGGUUGCGGUCCAAGUAAAGACCAUACAGGAGGCAAUUAAGAGAAAUAAAUCAGAAUUCAUGUUUAUGGGCGAGACAAUAGCAUUGGUGCCUUCGGUGGGCAUAUUUAUCACCAUGAAUCCUGGCUAUGCUGGACGCACUGAGCUGCCGGAGAAUCUGAAAUCUCUCUUUCGUCCUUGUGCCAUGAUAGUGCCUGAUUUUGCUCUCAUAUGUGAAAUAAUGUUAAUGGCCGAAGGAUUCCAGGAUGCUCGUCUGUUGGCUCGCAAAUUUAUCACUCUCUAUACAUUGUGCAAGGAGUUACUGUCCAAGCAGGACCAUUAUGAUUGGGGUCUAAGGGCUAUAAAAUCAGUUCUGGUUGUUGCCGGCACACUCAAACGUGACGAUCAUAGUCGUCCUGAGGAUCAGGUGCUCAUGAGGGCCUUAAGAGAUUUUAAUAUACCCAAAAUAGUCACCGAAGACAUUUCCAUAUUUAUGGGCUUAAUAGGAGAUCUCUUUCCUGCACUGGAUGUUCCCCGCAAACGGGUCUUUGAUUUUGAGAAAAUCAUUAGGCGUGCAGUGAAUGACAUAAAACUACAACCUGAGGAGGGAUUUCUAAUGAAAGUGGUGCAAUUGCAAGAGCUAUUGGAUGUUCGGCAUUCUGUGUUCAUAGUGGGCAAUGCUGGCACCGGCAAGACCCAGAUUUGGCAAACACUGCGAGAGACAUAUUGCCUUCAGAAGCGUAAACCCGUCUGCAAUAUCCUUAACCCCAAAGCCUUGACCAAUGAUGAAUUGUUUGGCAUAGUCAAUGCCACCACCAGAGAAUGGAAGGAUGGUUUGUUCUCCUCCAUUAUGAGGGAACAGGCAAAUUUGGCCAAUGAAAACCCAAAAUGGAUUGUGCUCGAUGGUGAUAUAGAUCCCAUGUGGAUAGAGAGCUUGAAUACCCUAAUGGAUGACAAUAAGAUUUUGACUUUGGCCAAUAAUGAAAGAAUUGCUUUGAAAAAGGAAAUGCGUUUGAUAUUCGAAGUGGGCCAUUUGAAAGCAGCCACACCGGCCACUGUCUCUAGGGCAGGAAUUUUGUACAUCAAUCCAUUGGAUUUGGGAUGGUCACCUUACGUCUUAUCCUGGUUGGAAACUCGUCCCGAUAUGCUUGAGCGUGGCAUUCUUACCACCCUGUUUGAAAAAUAUUUUCCCAAACUUUUGCAACGUCAUCAGGACUUUCGCCACAUAGUGCCCAUCUCGGAUAUGGCAGUGAUUCAAAUGUCUUGUAACUUGCUUGAAUGCCUACUGGACUAUCCCGAUGAACCGGAAAUGCCUCAAAACUUCACAAGUCCCCAUAGUCUGCACAAUGCUGCAGUGCCGCCCGACUCUUUGGAAUUACAUUUGGAAUUGGUAUUUGUCUAUGCCAUGCUAUGGAGUUUUGGCUCUGCCCUUAGCCAAGAUCACAACAUUGAUUGGAGGAGAGAAUUUCAAAAAUGGUGGCAAACAGAAUUCAAAGAUGUCAAACUGCCAUCACAAGGACUUAUUUAUGAUUAUCAUUUGGAUGUGCGUACUCAAAAGUUUAUACGUUGGACAGAGUUGGCCAAUCUAAAAAUGGCCAUUACCCCAGAAUAUCAAACACCCAUACAGAAUAUAAUGAUACCCACCUGUGAGACCAUACGCCUGGUGCAUUUUCUGGAAAUGUUGGUCAAUCGUAAUCUACCCUGCAUGUUGGUGGGCAAUUCCGGUUGUGGUAAAAAUGCCAUAUUUCGUGAGCUCUUCUCCAUCUAUGCCCAGGCUUUGGAUGCCGCAGAUAUCUCCCCCACAAUAGAAACCAAACGUUGCUCAUUUCAAAUGCAAUUGAAACCUUUGAGGACCACCGUACAAAUGACCCAUUUCAACUAUUAUACCUCAUCGGAAAUAUUUCAGAAAAUUCUUGAUCGUCCUUUGGAAAAGAAAUCCGGUCGCACUUAUGGGCCAGUGGGAGCUAAGCGGCGUUUGGUUUAUUUCAUCAAUGAUCUUAAUAUGCCUGAAGUCGAUGCUUAUGGUACAGUUCAGCCACAUACCAUAAUGAGACAAUUUAUGGACUACAAACAGUGGUACGACCGGCAAUGCUUGCAGCUAAAGAAUAUACGCAACUGUCAGUUUGCCGCCUGCAUGAAUCCCACUGCUGGCUCCUUUACCAUAGAUCCUCGUUUGCAGCGCCACUUUUGUGUUUUCUCAGUGGCUCCACCUAGUGAAUAUACAUUACAAUACAUCUAUGGUCGUAUUUUGAGUUCUCACCUUGACAACCCUUUGAACAACUUUAGCAAGGAAAUCAAAUCCAUCGGUCCACUAUUAACAAAAGUGGGAAUUGCUCUACAUCGCCGCAUGGAGGCCUCUUUUCUGCCCACCGCUGUUAAAUUUCAUUACAGCUUCAAUAUGCGCGAUUUGACCCAGAUCUACCAGGGUUUAAUGAACAGCUGCGGCAUACCCGCAGAGGCUGUUAAUAUGGCUCACAUUGCCAAUAUUGGAGGGACGGUGUGUCAAAAACCUUCGGAUCUCAUAAGACUUUAUGUACACGAGGCCUAUCGCACCUACAAUGAUCGUUUGGUUGAUCCCUAUGACAUCAAGGCCUUCAAUUCUUCCAUAAGGGAUAUAUUCAAAAAGGACUUUGAGGAUUUCGAUGAGGAGUUUGUAUUUUCGGAUCCCUUGAUAUAUUGUCAUUUUGCCCAAUCGCUGGCGGAUCAAAAGUAUACCACCUUGAAGAGCUGGAAUGCCUUGUAUCAGUUGCUGAUGGAGGCGCAGGCUAAUUAUAAUGAAGUCAUAGGUUAUAUGAAUUUGGUAUUAUUCGAGGAUGCCAUGAAACAUGUUUGUCGCAUCAAUCGCAUAUUGGAAAGCCCACGCAACAAUGCCCUGCUGGUGGGCGUAGGAGGUUCCGGCAAACAAACCUUAGCCCGUUUGGCCUCUUUCAUUUCCUCCUUUAGCGUUUGCCAAAUUCAAAUCAAACGUGGCUAUGGUCUACAGGAUAUGAAGGAAGACAUUGCCGCCUUGUGCAUGAAAGUGGGCCUGAAGAACGUUGCCUCUGUUUUCCUCAUGUCCGAUGCCCAAUUGCCUCAAGAGCAAUUGCUAAUGCUGAUCAAUGAUCUUUUGGCUGCUGGAGAAAUUCCCGAACUGUUUGCCGACGAUCAAAUGGAGGUCAUCGUCAAUGGCAUACGCAAUGAGGUUAAGCAGGCGGGCACUUUGGAUACCCGAGACAAUUGUUGGCGCUUCUUUGUGGAGAAGGUACGCCGCCUGCUGCGUUUAAUUCUAUGCUUCUCGCCUGUGGGUCAAACUUUAAGAGUAAGGGCCCGCAAGUUUCCAGCCAUUUUAAGUCACACCACUAUAGAUUGGUUUCAUGAGUGGCCCAAAACAGCGCUGCAAUCGGUCUCACAGCAAUUUCUGGGUGAAAUAGACAAACGCAUAUUGCCGCUUGACCUCAUACAACCCAUUGGUUGUUUCAUGGCCUAUGUUCAUGGUACUGUGAAUCAAAUAUCGAAGAUUUAUUUGCAAAACGAAAAACGUUUCAACUACACAACCCCAAAGACCUUUCUCGAAUAUAUUUUCCUGUACCGCAAAUUAUUGGUCGACCGUAGUGGUGAACAUACACGCCGCAUCCAACGCUUACAAAGUGGCAUGGCCAAAUUGGCGGAAUGUGCCAACCAAGUUGACACACUAAAGAACCAAUUAGCCGUGCAGGAAAUUCAAUUGACUGCCAAAAAUGCUGCCGCCGAUAAACUGAUUCUCAUUGUCAGUGCCGAAAGCGAAAAGGUGAAACAUGAGAAACACAUUGCCUCCGAGGAGGAGAAGCGGGUGCGCAUUAUCGAGGAGGAUGUGUGCAUCAAGACCAAAAUGUGUGAAGAGGAUUUGCGAAAAGCUGAGCCGGCGCUUGUGGCAGCCCAGGCUGCAUUGAACACUCUGAACAAGAACAAUCUAACCGAACUGAAGUCCUUUGGCUCUCCCCCCAAGGCGGUGGUGAAUGUAUGUGCCGCCGUAAUGGUCCUUUUUGCCAAUAAUGGCAAAAUACCCCGCGAUCGUAGCUGGAAGGCAGCCAAACUGAUGAUGGUUCGAGUAGAUCAGUUCCUCAAUGAUUUGGUCAACUACAACAAGGACAACAUACAUCCCAACAUCAUUGAAAUGUUGCAAGGAUAUCUGAAGGAUCCCGAAUUCAAUCCCGAUAAGAUUGUUCAAAAAUCUGUUGCCGCUGCUGGCCUUUGUGCUUGGGUCAUUAACAUUCAUCGUUACCAUCAGGUUUUUCUUGUGGUGGGACCCAAACAGCAGGCCCUUAAGGAUUCCCAAAAUGAGUUAACCGAGGCCAGAGAACGCCUGGAAUAUCUAAAGCAAAAAAUCAAUGAUUUGGAACGCAAGUUGAGGGAGAUACAAUCAGAGUUCGAAGAGGCUGUGGCCUCAAAGCAAAAAUGUCAACUGGAGGCUGAUAAGACCACAUUCACCAUUGAUUUGGCCCAUCGCUUGGUGAAUGGUUUGGCAAAUGAAAAUAUACGCUGGAAGGAAUCAGUGCAGAGUUUGCAAUCGAAAAGUGCCACCCUACCUGGUGAUAUCCUGCUAAUUUCCUCUUUUCUCUCCUAUGCCGGUUGCUUUACGCGUCGUUAUCGUGAAGAGCUGCAGCAGCAAAUGUGGCUGCCCAGUUUUCGUAGAAUUGAGCCUCCCAUACCGCAUACGGAAGAAGUCGAUUAUCUGGCGGUGUUUACAGAUGAUGCCCAAAUAGCCUCCUGGAAUAAUGAAGGCUUGCCCAUGGAUCGCAUGUCCACCGAAAAUGCCACCAUAUUGGUGCAUUCCACCAGAUGGCCGCUGAUGAUAGAUCCACAAUUACAAGGCAUCAAAUGGAUAAAAAAUCGCUAUGGCCAGGAUUUGGUGGUCCUAAGGCUUGCUCAGAAAAAUUUCCUAGACUCUUUGGAAAAAGCCAUGGCCAAGGGCGAUACUGUGCUGCUGGAACAAAUUGAGGAAAGUGUGGACACUGUGCUGGAACCCUUACUGAGUCGAGCUCUGAUCAAAAGAGGGCGUUUUAUACGCCUGGGCGAUAAGGAAUUGGAUUUUAAUUCCAACUUUCGUUUGAUCCUACACACCAAAUUGGCCAAUCCCCAUUACAAGCCGGAAAUGCAGGCCCAGACCACUCUCAUAAACUUUACGGUAACCCAAGAUGGUCUGGAGGAACAAUUGCUGGCGGAGGUGGUAAAAAUCGAAAGACCUGAUUUGGAGGAUAUGAAGACCGAUGUCACCAUACAGCAAAAUAAAUUCAAAAUUUCCCUCAAACUCUUGGAAGAUGACCUUUUGGCCAGAUUGGCCUCAGCAGGAGAAAAUGUCUUGGAUGAUUAUGAAUUGGUGGCCAAUCUGGAGUCUACCAAGCAAACCGUAGAUGAAAUUGAACUUAAGGUUCAUGAAGCUCGCGUCACUACUUUGCAGAUUGAUGAGGCCCGCAAUAUGUAUCGUUCUGCUGCCAAAAGGGCUGCGGUACUUUAUUUUGUACUCUCUGAUUUGAGUCGCAUAAAUCCCAUUUAUCGCUUCUCUCUGAAGUCCUUUAUGCAGGUCUUUAAACAGGCCAUAGUAUCGGCUCCCCAACACCGACAAAAUGAGCGAAGAGUGGCUGCCUUGGUAGAUGCCAUAACCUGCCAGACAUUCUAUCAUGCCCUAAGGGGUCUUUUUGAGGUGGAUAAAUUGACUUUUACCGCUCACAUGACUUUACGCAUUAUGGCUGCCUCGGAGCAUAUAUCGCGGGAAGAAGUUGAUUUUCUUUUGCGAUUUCCUCAUGACCCAAACACUUUGUCUCCUGUAGAUUUCAUAGGACGCACUGCCUGGGGAGGCAUUAAAUCUUUGGCUUUAAUGGAUAAUUUCUAUGGCAUAGACAAGGAUAUCGAGAGUUAUCCCAAGCGCUGGAGGAAGUUUUUGACCAGUGAUGUACCAGAGAGUGAACAAUUCCCGGGAGAGUGGAAACAUCGAACACCUUUGCAAAAAUUGUGUAUAGUGAGAGCUUUGAGACCGGAUAGGGUUACCAGUGCCAUAAGGCUCUUUGUUGAACAAACCAUGGGCCGUCAAUAUGCCAAUGUCAAAACCUUUCAUUUCUCCGAUAUUUUCAAUGAAGUAACCGCUGCAACACCCAUAUUUUUCAUACUCUGCCCUGGCGUAGAUCCCAUCUACGAUGUCGAACGCUUAGGCCAACAGCUGGGCUUUAGCACAAACAAUAAUAACCUCAUCAACAUAUCCCUAGGUCAGGGUCAAGAAAUGUUGGCUGAAGAGGCCUUGACUCAGGCACUAGCUUCCGCAGAUCAAUGGGUAGUAUUUCAAAAUAUCCAUCUGGUGGCCAACUGGUUGCCUAAUUUGGAAAAGCUUAUAGAACGCCUUACAUCACAACCGGAAAGUUUUGCAGCUACCAAAUUUCGCCUGUUCAUUAGCGCCGAACCUGCACCUGAUCCCCAAUAUCACAUUAUACCCCAAGGUAUUUUGGAAUCUUCGCUGAAAAUUGUCAAUGAACCUCCUUCUGGCAUGGCAGCCAAUAUGCAUCAGGCUUGGGAUAAUUUCUCACAGGAUACCUUGGAGAGCUGCACCCAGGAAGCUGAAUUCAAAUCCAUACUAUUCUCUCUAUGCUAUUUUCAUGCUGUGGCAGGACAAAGACGAAAAUUUGGUCCCCUGGGUUGGAACAAAGUAUAUCCCUUCAAUUUAGGAGAUCUAACCAUUUCGGCUUCGGUACUUCACAAUUAUCUGGAGGGCAGCAAUCGUAUACCUUGGGAGGACUUGCGUUAUCUCUUUGGUGAAAUUAUGUAUGGUGGCCACAUAACCGACGAUUGGGAUCGGCGUUUGUGUCAAACCUAUUUGGCCGAAUUGUUGCAGCAAGAAUUGGUGGAUGGCGAUUUGGAAUUGUGUCCUGGUUUUCCCUCACCACCCAAUCUGGAUUUUGAAGGUUAUCACAACUACAUCAAUGAAAUGCUUCCCGAAGAGUCGCCCCUGCUGUAUGGUCUACAUCCCAAUGCUGAGAUAGGAUUUCUCACCAAUGCUUCCGAGCAAUUGUUGAAGACUGUCUUUGAGCUACAGCCUAGGCAAUCAGAGUUGACCACCACCUGCAGUGCUCCGCGUGAAGAGUUGGUCAAAAUAAUGGCCGAAGAUUUUCUGGAUAAAUUGCAAGUGGAAUUCAAUUUAAAUGCUCUGCUCAAUCGCAUUGAACGCAAGACACCCUUCGUGGUGGUGGCGCUACAGGAAUGCGAACGCAUGAAUGCUUUAAUACAGGAGAUUAAACGUUCUUUGCGAGAACUUAUGUUGGGUCUUAAGGGCGAAUUGACCAUUACCUCGGAUAUGGAACGUCUGGAUCAUGCCAUUUUCUAUGAUCAUGUACCGGAGUCCUGGACUUCUUUGGCCUAUCCCAGUAUGUUGGGUUUACAAAGUUGGUUUGCCGAUUUGCUGCAUCGCAUCAAGGAGCUCUCCCUGUGGUUGAGUGAUUUUAAGCUACCCUGCACUAUCUGGCUGGGAGGACUCUUUAAUCCUCAAAGUUUUCUUACCGCCAUUAUGCAGGAGAGUGCUAGGAAACAUGAUUUACCCUUGGAUCGUAUGUGCCUACAUUGUGAUGUUACCAAAAAGGAUGUGGAAAGUAUCACUUUACCCCCAUUGGACGGAGCCUUUGUCCAUGGCUUGUACUUAAAUGGAGCUAGCUGGGAUUGUCAACUUAACUCUAUAGUUCCCCUAAAUCCCAAGGAGUUGCUCUGUGCCAUGCCUGUAAUCUGCAUCAAAUCAAGUGUGCAGGAACGUCAUGAUCUUCAUCACAUAUAUGAAUGCCCUCUCUACAAAACAAGAUCACGUGGCAACACCUAUGUCUGGACAUUUAAUUUAAAAUCUCGUGAACGUCCGGCUAAAUGGAUUCUGGGUGGUGUUGCCCUAUUACUACAGCCAUGAAUCUGACAGGCAGACAAUCAUUUGCCAUUCAGUCACUAUCAAUGACACUUACAAAGCACUUUUUUUUAUUAUUAUCUCUGUUUGUUUUUACACAAAAAUAAACAAACACAAACUAAAGCACCAAUAUUGUUGAAGCA